GUGGCGGCGCGGGGCAGGCCUGGCCGGGAGCGGUGCGGCUGAGCGGCGCCGCGGUGGCGAGAGCCCGGCGGGGGAGAGGGCAAGGCGCAGUGCAGUCUCCCGCACGUCUUCCGCGCCCUCCUGCCUGCCGAGCGACUGGGACGGCAAUCAAGGAGUCGUGCUGAGUUCAAGUUCAGAAGUGCUUUACACAUGAACUCUACUGGCUCUCUGGCUGAUUCUGCCCUAUCACCGUCUCAAAAGAAUUGGAUUUGCAGUCAUGGAGGAACAUCAGCAACACUUACACUGUGUGAAUUGUGUCAGCCGUCGUUGUAUGACCAGACCAGAGCCUGGCGUUUCCUGUGAUCUGAUUGGCUGCCCCUUAGUUUGUGGAGCAGUUUUUCACUCCUGUAAAGCUGAAGAACAUCGCAUGUUAUGUCCACUUGAAAGAGUGCCUUGUUUGAAUAGUGGCUUUGGAUGUCCCUUCGUAGUAGCCCGAAAUAAAAUUGCUGAUCACCUGGAAGUCUGUCCUGCCAGCGUGGUGUGUUGUACCAUGGAGUGGAACAGGUGGCCAGUCAGCUACGCAGACCGGAAAUCAUACGAGAACCUGAGCAAAGACGUGGAUGAAGUGGAGCAGCUAGAUAUGGCUUUGGCCCUUCAAGACCAGCGCAUGUUACUGGAGUCACUUAAAGUAGCAACUAUGAUAUCAAAGGCAGGUGAUCAAAUACCAGAAUCCAGAGAGGAAACCUCUGCCAGCUCAAGUGCCCCAGAUGCAGUGCAUUCAAACGGCUUGAUGCCUGUGGAUGAAGAGUCCUAUGGUGCACUUUAUCAAGCUACUGUAGAAACAACACGGAGUUUGGCUGCUGCCCUGGAUAUCCUGAACACUGCAACAAGGGACAUUAACAUGUUAAGUUCAACACUUUGCAUUUCGCCACAGGAAAUGAAAGAAGAUACCGAGAUCAAAGAGCAAGCUUCUAAUGGUGUUAUUCAGGAUAACAAGUCUGACCAGGAGCGUCCAGAUGAAGCUAACAGGGGAGCAGCUGGGGGUGUUAACUUGGACAGCCUGGAUCAGAAUUCACAAAUGGAGCAGAAUGGUUCUAGUGACAUUUGUCAUGAUGACUUAAAUCUGAACCUUGGUAACUCCUCACCUUUAUGUAAUGGCUUUCACGUAGAAAAUGAAAGUUCAAAGGUGCUGGACCAGAACGAAGAUCUUCCUGUAUGUAAUUCAAAGCCGUCCAGUGUAGCAAAUGGUGACUGUGCUGCUACUCGUGAUGAUGAAGCGUUACAGUCUUGCAGCUCCUUCCCUGUUACAGCACAACUUAAAGAAGUGGUAUCAGCUGAUCACCUAGUUAAUGGCAACGUUAACCACGUGCUACUUCCCCAUAAUGCUAACGAAGAGGAAAUGUUAGAGAGACAAGUGGAGCAAGAAAGAUUGAGAAACAUAGCUGCACUUUUACGAUACCGAUCGUACCGAUUCCUUGUUGAUGACUAUUGGUCUAUACCAAAAGAAGACAAAGCUGUGGAUACAUCAGACCUGGAGAUAACAGAAGAUCCUAUGGGUCUUCAGGGGAUUGAUUUAAUCACUGCAGCUCUGUUGUUUUGCCUAGGAGACUCUCCGGGAGGUAGAGGUAUAUCAGAAAGUCGUGCUGUUGAUGUGUAUCGCAUCGACAUUGGGACCCAAACGUUUUCUCUUCCAUCUGCUAUAUUGGCCACAAAUACAAUGGUGGGGGAAAUAGCUUCAGCAUCUGCAUGUGAUCAUGCCAACCCACAGCUCUCAAAUCCAAGUCCGUUCCAGACUCUUGGACUGGAUUUGGUAUUGGAAUAUGUGGCUAGAUACCAAACAAAACAACGUUCGAUGUUUACAUUUGUUUGUGGACAGUUGUUUAGGAGAAACGAAUUUUCAUCACACUUUAAGAACGUGCACGGUGACAUCCAUGCUGGCCUUAAUGGCUGGAUGGAGCAGAGGUGCCCUUUAGCAUAUUAUGGGUGCACAUACUCUCAACGAAGGUUUUGUCCUUCGACCCAAGGGGCAAAAAUUAUUCAUGACCGCCACUUACGGUCAUUCGGAGUUCAGCCUUCUAUAUCCACAGUAUUAGUUGAACCAGCAAAAAGCUGCUUGAUUGGACUGCACAAUGACCAUCUGAGUAGUCUGCCUUUUGAGGUUCUACAGCACAUUGCUAGUUUCCUUGAUGGCUUUAGUUUGUGUCAGCUCUCCAGAGUGUCACGUUUAAUGAGAGAUGUGUGUGGGAGCUUGCUUCAAGCACGCGGAAUGGUGAUACUGCUCUGGGAGAAGAGAAGGUGCUCAGAUGGAGGUUCUUCUUGGCAGAUAAAAGAAAAGGUGUGGCGCUUCAGUACAGCCUUCUGUACGGUGAAGGAGUGGAAGUUUGCUGACAUCGUAAGCAUGGCUGACCACUUGAAGAAGUGCAGCUACAACGCUGUGGAGAGAAGAGAGGAGGCUGUUCCGCUGCCGUGCAUGUGUGUAACACGAGAACUCACUAAAGAAGGACGUUCACUGCGCUCCGUUUUGAAACCAGUACUUUAAAUACUGCAGCCACUCCAAUUGCACAUACACUCAAGCACCUGAUAUAACCUCGGUAAUAUUACGUGACACUUUAUUAAUGUACUAAAGAUACUUUCUAGCUAAAUCUGCUCUGUCACUGUGUAUAUAAGGUUUGAAGUGACAUCUAUUUUUUAUAAUACUCUUUAGCUGGAAAGUAAUGAAAGUUGCCUUAACGUUUGAAACAUUCGGAACUUGUUGGACAGGGUAGUUUUAUCUUAACUUAUAUAAUUUAAGAACAAAAUCCUAGGAGGAGUGUGGUGUGUUUUUUUUUUCUGAUUCACUGGUGCCCAUGUUGCUGUUGACUGAUAACAUGUAAGAAAUGGUCUCUAAAUGGUAUGCACAUCUAGAUAGGAAGUGAUGAAUUGUAGCGAGACAAAAAUCCUGACCAAAUAUACUUUGUCUGUUUUGUUUGUUGGGUUGUUUUUUUUUUAACCAAAUUAUAAUCCCAAAUAUUAGGACAAUAAAGAAUUGAAAUACUUUAGA